UCCGCCUUUGCGUCGUGACGCAUUUUCUGCCUUGUUGGAAGGUGGUUUCGGGAGGAAGUGCUUCGACUGCAGAUGUUCACAGAAGGAAAUAGCUGAGUUGGGUAAACGAAAGACGGUCGACCACACUCAUUCGAGUUUGACAAUUUGUUUUUAAUCAUCAAACGAUGUCCGCUACUGAGGACCUUCCAGACAUGGAUGGAGCAGAUCUGUUGGGACUGCUGUUCCAGGACGGAGAAGACGGAUCCACUGAGCCCUUUUUUCCUGAUGGGAAUGGGCUCAUUGAAUCCUGGCUGUCUGAUCAGGAUAUGCUGACAGGUUUGGACACAGAAGAUUUCCUGUCCAGCUUGUUAGACGUAGAAGACAACAUGGAGGCCUUCUGUCCCUCUCACUCUCCACUGGGGAGUGACAGCGGCAUCUCUGACGACAGCAGCUCAGCAGCAGGAAACGGCAAUGUCCCGGAGUGCUCAAGUCCUCACGGCAGUGAAAGCGACGUUGUUCCCAGUCCCACCUAUUCCCAUCCCAGCCCAGUGCAUUCAGAUCCAGCUCAGACAUCUGCCGAGCUGCCAUCUGAUAACGCUGAGGCCCUAAUGGUCCAUACAGAUCACAGCUACUCCCUGCUGCAGAGCGGAGCCAGGGACCUGGACGUUCUGGAGAGCGUGAGGGCCGAGAAGCCAGAUACUGACGUCUUCAUCGAUCUGGAUGAUCUGGUGAGUGAUGCCAUGGAGGAGGACAUCAUCAGCGAGCUGCCCUGCACGCUCUCUAUGGAAAACGCUUCAACAGAUACUGAUAAAGAAGGCCAGUUCCAGUUCAAAGAGAUCGUUCUCACUGAGGAGGAGAAGAGACUUCUGGCUAAAGAAGGACUCACCAUCCCCACGCACAUGCCUCUCACAAAGGCUGAGGAGAGGACCUUGAAGAGGGUCAGGAGGAAGAUCCGCAACAAGCAGUCUGCUCAGGAGAGCCGCAAGAAGAAGAAAGUGUAUGUUGAUGGCCUGGAGAACAGGGUUGCCAUCUGCACUGCACACAACCUGGAACUGCAGAAGAAAGUCCAGUUGCUUCAGAAACAGAACAUCUCAUUGAUAGAGCAGCUGAGGAAGCUUCAGGCUAUGGUGAAGAUGUCCACUAUGAAGGCCAGCACAACCAGCACAUGCAUUAUGGUGUUCCUGCUCUCUUUCUGUCUCAUCAUCUUCCCAUCGGUUAAUCCGUUUGGAGGAAACACAGAAAAUAAGGAACUUUACACACCGUCAUCCACAGUUUAUUCCCGGAACUUGCGCUCGCUGUCUCCAGAAAGUUCAGACACCGUACCUCACCUUGAGCUCGAGGACGAUCAGCCCCUUCUUGUUCUCCAGACCGUUGAAAACACCAAAGCCAUCUUCGCAGGCGGCCAGAAGAACCACACGCCUGACUUUGAGACGGUGGAACAAGCCGACUCUGAGACGGGCGUCAGCAGCAACUCCUCAGCUGACUUCCCCAGUCCCGCUCAGGCUGCAGACAUGAAGCCGGGGGCUCCUGGUGGGGUGGGGCCCUUACAGGAAGGCUCCAUAGAUGCUGUAGUGGCAUCUGCUGUGUCAAACGAGGUCCCAGGGUCCAAAGAUGCCUGGAUAGAUCGAAGUCCUCCGUCAGUGAUUUUACAGCAGCACCGCUCUGAUGAGAUGUAGUGGAAACGUUUCGAGCAGAACGACCAGCAGGGGGAGCCAUAUUUCUAAAUUAUAUGAAGGGUAAAGGUUAAAAUUGAUCUAAAUUCAGGAUCCAGCUGUUUUGUGUCCCUCUAUAAUAGUUACUUUAUUUGCACUUUCAUUCAAAUUGUAUUGCACCAAAGUUGAAAGAGAUUUGUGCAUUUCUGCAGCAUAAACUACUGUUCUUACUUAAAAGGUCACGUCUCUGGUCUGAUGCAGGUCACAUGCUACUGCGGGUUCUCCGCUUGUUCUGUCAUGUGAUGGAGAUGACCAAAAUUGGGGGAUGGAUUUCGUCCGGCCCGGGAACAUUUGCAGUAACCUAAAAAACGUCCAGAAACGUGCAACAAGGUUCCGGUGAGAGAUUUGGCCUUCAAACGGGUGUCGACACACUCCCAAAAGUCUCAAAUUGCACAACCGUCCUGAACAAAGUCGUCCAACGCUUUGACUGCUUAUCAGUCACCAUCAUCUGUUAAAUUGUAGAAGAUAGGCUGCUUGAAUCUCAUGAAGCUUGAACUAAGUGGUUGUUUGACCACUGUAUGUAACGCUUAAGCCAUUGCAGGACAUUUGGCCAUUUAGACUUGUGAACUUUAUUAGUAAUUUCCCUUGUAACAAGGGUCUCCGUGCUCCUUUUAAAUAUUGGAAUGCUUUGUUUUUCGUUGUACAGCAAAUCAAGACAAGAUAGGGAAAGAUGCAACAAACCCUCGCCUUUAUUAUCGUCCGUUCAGCCCAAUCUGCAUCGACAUCUCUCGUUUAUAAACGUGUGGAAUACCUUGGGAUUUAAGAGGGGUGCAUCGAUUUGCGCAGUAAAGUGUUAGCAGUAAUGACCUGUUUUUUCGGUGAAGCAUUCUCUUAUUUUGUGUCAUUCGGUUACUGUCAGUGGUAAAUGGCAUCUAUAGUAUCAAAGCAGUUUUGUAUUGACUGAUGAGAGGUGGGGGGAUUUUAAUUGUUAAUCAAGUCGAAACAAAUGCACUGACAUUUGACAUGGUCCACGAAUUGUUUGUAAAUAUGCUGAUUGUUAUUUUUUUUGUACAUACAAACUGUUUAUGUGUAAGACAUGUCUGGAUAUCUAUAAUAAAAUUUUUAUAAAUACGAGUAAA